GCUGUCUUCACACCAAUGGAUCUGGACACAAGUUUUGAACUGGCCAAAUUGCAUUUGGCUGGGUAAUUUUUCUGAAUGGUUUGUAAAUUGAUUUUUGCAUCAAGAUCAUCUCCAAAGAGCGCGCAGACUGAGCUUUUAGUGGAUUUUCACUGCACCAAUUUACAUCAUCUCUUUGGCUUAAGGAUGUGCUCCAUAGUCCUGCUUCAUCAGUGGAGUCUGGCUGUGUUCUUGCUGUGCUCCCCAGUGACUCUUGAUGGGAGACCAGUUGAUGCACUUAGUAGCAGAACGAGGAGAUCAGUGAGUCACGCCCAGCUGAUGCAUGACAAGGGCCGAUCCUUGCAGGAGUUCAAGCGUCAAAUGUGGCUGCAGGAGCUGCUGGAGGAGGUGCACACGGCCGAUGAGCAAGCACCGCCUGUGCAAAGUAGAACACCGAGCCAAACCUUCAGUGGGAAUGCUCUACACCAAAAGCCCCCAGGGGCCACCAAAAACCUACCUGACAGAUUCAGGCUGGACAAAGAGGGCCCAAACUUGCCCCAGGAGACCAACAAGGAACUGGCUUAUAAGGACCAGCCACUAAAAGUGGCCACAAAGCGGAAAAAAAAGGUGAGGUUAGGCCGGCGCAGGGAGAAUGACAAGAGGCGGAGACGCGCACGGUCUACCACAGUCACAACAAAGGAACCAUGAAGGAUGCGGUACCUUGGUUCAGAGACUCCUACUAGCCUUUAUAUGGUACUGCACUAAGAUACUGACACUACUCCAGCUGGACUGAGGUCUGACAGACUGGAACCACAGCGGACUCCAUCACAGUCAUAUAAGGGGCCCGGGGCUGUGCUUUUAUGAUAAUAUUGCUAUCUGUGUACCAUUUUAAAGCAAUCUCAUCUCAUACAGCCUGGAGUUUCAUCAUCACAUCUUCUUAGGUCCAUAUUUAUUUGGAUAAUUUUCACGCCUCUUUCACCCUGAUUAAAUCCAAAACAAAGCACACAGUAUGUUAUAAUCUCUAAAGAGUGUGCACAGGUAGAGCAUAGAAGGAAGUAUUUAUUGCCUGAAUAUAAUGUAACUUCAAACAUCUGGAUGCUGAGUGGUCUACUUUAGUUUGGCUCUGUUGACUAUCAUGGACUUACAGUUGCAAACUGUUCAUUUAAUACAUCUGUUUGAACUGUUCUGACAUAAUUUAUUUCACUUUGAAAGUGUGUAUUUAUUUUGUGAAUGUAUCAUGGUGCUGCUGACUAAAUUCCAUAAUGCACUUUAGUUAUAUCCUGUAAAUGUUCUUUUGUGGUUGCGUUUUAAUUUGAUGUUUCUGUUUUGAUGGACGUGCUUUCCUCUCCCACCCUAAAUCCCUCAUGGACUUGUAACUUAUUGGAUGCUUCAUCAAACCCAUUCUCAUCAUUCUGCAUCAUAGUUUAUAUUUUUAUAGAAUUAGCCGCAGUCAGGGACCGUCAGAUUCA